UUAGGUGGGUUCUGUGGGUGUGUACCUAUAAGAUAGUAUAGAAGCUGUUUGUCGCAUGGUUAGUUCUUUCUGCUUAUUCGGACCUGUAGCCUUCAUAAACACAGCUGCACAAUGUAUGAAACUACUUCGAUGGUAACUUCACAAGGCCAGUAGUUCCCCUUGGAACCUGCCAAGAGAGGAGCCUUAUCACAGCAAUGGCAGAAUCAAAUGAUUAUGCUGGUGAGUUCCUGGAGGAGUUCAGGGAGCAAAUCAUCUCUCAGGUCCAGCAUGUUGGGCUGAUAGCAAAUGCUGUGAUCUCACAGCAGCUGGUCCCGGAGGAGGCAGCGUUCGAUGUGCAGACUGCUCAGACCCCCCAAGAGGUACUAAAAAGACUGUUUAAGGCUCUGGAGACAGCACAACCACAAAGCAGAGAGUCCUUUCUCCUGAUACUGAGGCUACAUGAACCUAAACUCAUGGAGGAACUGGAAAGGAGACACCAGAACAGCAAGAGCACUCAAACAGAUGUGGCACAGGGGCCUGUUGAGAGGAGAGAGGAGAGUGGAGCAUGGCGAAAAGAUGACACCCAGUCCAAGAGGGAAUCCUUAAAACGCAGAAGACAGGAAACCAUGCAAGCCAUUGAGAAAAUAGAGAGACUCUGGGAGGGCACGAAAAGAGAGCGAGGAGAAGUGGGCGGCUUGAGAGAGAAGAUCGAGAGGCAGCAGGGGGAAAUCACUCAGCUUUUGGAGGAGAAACAACAAAAUGAGAGAACUAUCGAUCAGCUGAGAGUUCAGCUACAACAUGCCAGGGAGCGAAUGUCACAGAGUGGGGAGGAUGCAGACAGAGAGAGAGAGGGAAUGGAACAGAUGAGGGCUGACAUCCAGACAGAGAGAGAGAUGCUAGAGCACAGACGUGAGGACAUCUUUCGUGAGCGGCAAGAGCUGGAGCUGAUAAGAUAUGAGACACUAAGAGCAAAGGAGGAGACACAGAGAAACCAACAGAUCACUAGACUGGAGAAAGAGAAGAUGGAUCAGAUGAAGAGUGACAUCCAAGGUCAGAUUUACGAAAUAGAAAAACAAAUUGAAGAGACAAAACAAGCUAAAGAAAGCAUGGAACGGAUGAAAACUGAGGUACAAAGUGAAAAAGAUGACUUAGAGAAAAAGAGACAUGACAUAAAGAAGCAGAAAGAGCAAUUCGAACAGAUAAAAAAUGAAAUUAAUACAGUUAAGGAAGAGAUGGAGGUGCGAUGGCGAGAAGCAGAGAAAGAUGAGCAGGAACAGCGAGUGCUCAUUCAACAGGAGAAAGAUCAACUAUUGAGUUUGCAGGCUGAAUUGGAAAUAGCAAAGGAGGAGAUUGAAAAUAACAAAGAGAAAACCAGUCAAGAGAGAGAGAGACUACACAGUCUGAAAACAAAUUUACAUCUAGAAAAGGAUUUAAUUGACAAGAGAAAAUCUGAGGUCUCCAGAAAAGAGAAGGAUUUGGAGAAGGUAAGAUGGGAGUUAGAAACAGCACAGGAGGAGCUAGAGAGAGAAAAAGAAGAAGUAAGUAAGGAGAGAGAAAAGCUAGACUGGGCAAGAAUUGACAUCCAAAAGAAAACAAAGACCAUAGAUAGGAGGAUAGAGGAGAAAAGACAAGCAAGCAGAAAACUGGAGCAGGUGAGGGCUGAGGUCCAGAGGGCCAAAGACAUCCUGGAGAAACAGCGGGAUGAUGCCCGUAAGGCAAAGGAAGAAAUGGAGAAACGAAAGUAUGACACAAUGAAAGAGGAGAUUGAACAGCGAGCUGGAAUACAGAGAGAGAGAGAUGAAGUGGAGAGGAUGAAGGCAGAGGUCCAGAAGGUUAGUGAGAUGAACAGGAUAAAGGAAGAGAAAAAAAGGCAACAACUGAGACAGUGGAGUGAAGAAGUACAACGGGAUAAGGAGACAACUGAAAGAAUGAAAGCUGAGAUAGAAAUAGAAAAAGAAAAGAUAGAGAGAAGGAGCACUGAGAUUCUGAAAGAAAGGCAAGAGCUGGAGGCUAUGAGGUAUGGUCUACUAAAGGACAGUGAAGAGACAGAGCAGAACCGCGAGAUUAUAAAAAGAGAGAAAGAGCGAAUGGAGAAAAUGAAAGCUCACAUACAGCUUCAGAUUGAUGAUAUUGAGCAUAAAAUUGAAGAAACAAAACAAACAAAGGACCAAAUGGACCUCAUGAAAGCAGAGAUCCAGAGAGAAAAAGAUGAAGUGGAAACCCAAAGGGAGAAGAAUAAGGUGGAAAAAGAACAUUAUGAGUCAAUAAAGUCUGAAAUCAUUCAGCUAAAAGAUGAAAUGGAAAGAAAAUGGUUUGAGACAGAGAAGGAAGAAAUGGAACAGAGAACAAGAACCCAACAAGAACAAGAAAAUCUGGACCAACUAAAGGAGGAGAUUCAAAAAGAAAAAGAUAACAUUGAAAUGAACAGGGAAGAAAUGAGACAAGAGAAAGAGCUGAUUGAACAAAUGAAAGCUUUCUUAAAAGGGGAGAAAGACUCUUUGAAGAAAAGAACAGAUGAUGUAAAGAAAAGGGAAGAACAGUUAAAGCAAGAAUUUGAUGCACAGAACGAAGAUAUCCAAAGCAGAGUGACCAAUGUACAAAAAGAGAGGGAUGAAAUCAACCAAAUGAGACAAGAACUGAAACAACAGAUGAGAGAGCUUGAGAAAAGGGUUUCUGAAGCAUCAAGGGUCCACAAAGAGGCAGAAGAUAUAAAGGAAACAGUAAAGGAAGCUGAGAGCACCCUGGAACGACAGCGAAUGGAGACUGUUAAAGGAAGAGAGGAGAUGGAGAAAAGGAGGUAUGAGGUGGCGAUGGAGGAGUUGGAGAAACGAGCAGAGCUGCAAAGAGAGAGAGAAGAACUGGAAAACAUGAGGACAGAAAUACUUAGAUUACAACAGGACCAGGAGAGAGUGAGAUAUGCUGAUGAAAGACAGCUCUUACAGAGCAUGCUGCAAGAAAACAAGCAAGAAAAAGAAACGAUUGAACAGUUGAAAGUUGCUAUGCAGAGGGAGAGAGAUGAUCUUGAUAAGGUAAAAAGGGAAUCAGAGAAAGAAUGGGAUAGGCUGGAGCAGGUACGUGAGGAAACCGUUAGACUCAAGGAGGAGCUGGAUAAGAGUAGGUAUGAUGGCAUUAGAGAGGAGGUACAACAGAGGACACAACACCAGAAAGAGAGAGAGGAUAUAGAAAGAGCCACAAAUGCAGUGGUGAGAGAGAGAGAAAUGAUUGAGCACACCAGAGAGACAGUAACACUGGAGAGGCAGAGGAUAGAACAAAUAAGGACAGAACUGGAGGAACAGAAAGAGGAUAUUAAGAGAACAUUGAGAGAAACAAGAAAGGAAGAGGAACGACUGCAACAGAUGAGAGUCGAGCUUGAGAACCAAAGGGAGAAUCUGGAAAGGAUGAGACAGGAAACACGUAAAGAGGCAGAGCCAUAUGAGCGGGUAAAACAAGAAAUAGACAGAGUCAGAGCAGAGAUUGAGAGAAUGUGGGAUGAGACUGAGAGAGAGGAAAGGGAGGAGAGAGAAAAGUUACAGGUAGAAAAAGAAGAGGUGAACAAGAGAGUGGAAGAGAUGAAGAGAGAAAUGCACCAGAUCCAGGGGAUGAAGGAUGACUUAAAGAAGCAGAAACAUGAGACUGAAGCCAAGAUGGAAAGAAUCCAAAGAGAGAUGGAGCAUCUUGAGAGGAUGAGAGCUGAUAUACAGAGACAGAAAGAGGAGGUGGAGAGUAAAAUGGCAGAGACAAAAAUGGAGAAGAACGAGCUGGAGAGGAUACGCUCAGACAUCUUGAAACAGAGAGAGGAGGUAGAGAUCAAGAUGCAACAGGCCCAAAUGGAGAUGGAGGAAAUGAGGAGACAGAGGGAUGAGAUCCAGAAACAGCGAGAGGAGCUAGAGGACAAAAUGCAAAAGACUAAACGAGACAUGGCAGAGAUGGAGUAUAUGACUGCUGAGAUGGAGAGAAAGAGGAAAGAGCUAGAGCAGAGACUGAGGAAAACCAGGAGAAAGAGAGAUGAGAUGGAACAGAUGAAAGUGGAGAUAGAGAAGGCAAAGGAUGAAUUUCAACUCAAAAGGGAAGAGACAGAGAAAGAGAAACGAGAUAUGGAGAGGUUUAUGGCUGAACUGCAAAGAGCCAGAGAUGAAUUUGACAGCAAGGCAGAGUUUAGUGAUAGAGACCCAGAGGAACAGGAUAAAAUCAACACAGAAAUCUUCCGACUGAUUCAGGAAAUGGAGAAAACCAGAGAAAUGGUUUGGAGAACAAAAAUGGACGUGCAGAGUAAAAUGGAAGUGUGUCAUAUAGACAUCAGCGACAGAGAGCUUAUGAACACUCAGCUGCAAAGACUGAUUCAAGAGAUAGAGCACAUCCGUGAGUUGCUGAAAAGAAUUAAACUAGAAACUGACCAAAGUGCAUAUGCCAUUAAGAGAGAGAGGGAUGAGCUGAAAAUGGUAAGGCUAGAGAUACAAAGAAAGAGAAGAGACCUGGACCAGAGACUUGAAAGAACCCUGAGAGCGAGAGAUGAGCUGGAAAUUUUGAAAUUGAAGCUAGCACAACAGCAGAAUGAGGUGGAAGAACGGCUGAGAGAGUGUGAGAUUGAAACAAAGAAGGUAGAGACCAAGAGAGAGGAUAUGCAACGAGACUCAGAAGCCAUACAACAGGCCCAAGAAGAGAAAGAGAAGCUGCAGUUGGACCUCGAAGACCUGAACAAACAGAAGGAAAUACUAAAGGCUGAGAUUCUGCAACUCAGACAUGCACCUGAACGGGAAAUGAAAGACGAGAAAGACUUGGAUGACUCCGGGAUGGGAGAUGAGCUAGAAAAACAUCAGUUCUCAAUCAGUAUGUCUGAGAUGGAGGAACAGCAAAAUUACAUACAGCAACAGAAAGAAAUACUCCAAACACAGAGAUGUGAACUAGAGGAAAUAAAGCUUGAGAUAGACAGAGAGAAAGACAAUAUAGAAAAAAUGAAGGACAGGAUCAAAGAUGAAAACAGCAGGUUGGAAACAAUGACAAAACAGCUCAACAAAGAGAAGGAAAAGGUUGACCAUAUGAAUUUGGACUCAUUCAGAAUGAAGCAAGAGCUUGAACUGAUGCAUGCCGAGAUUCAAAGAAAGCAAGAAAAUGUUCAGCGCAGCCAAGCUCAACUUGAUAAAGACAAAAUAGUUCUGGGGGAAAAGAAACUAGAACUGCUAAAAGAAAAAGAAGACAAUGAGAGAGAUGCCAAAAAGAUCAGAGAAGAUCUAGAAAUAGUUAAAGUAGAGAUAGAAAGACAAAAACAAGAAAUACUAAACGAUAGGGAACAGCUUGAAAAACAGAAGAGUGAAUUACUAACUGAAAAUGUAGAGAUCCAAAAGAAAACCACAAAAUUGGAAAUAAUCUCAAAUGAAAGGAAAAGAGAAAAGAGGGAAAUAGAGGAACAGGCAGGGCAACUUACAAAACAAAAGGAAGAGUUUGAUGAAGAAAUUAAAAAACAGAGUAAAGAAUUGAAUGAGAGCAGAAAUGAACUUGAACAAAAAUGGAAAGAUUUAGAAAAAGUGAAGGAAUUUCUGCAGGCUGAAAUACAACAACAAAGGCAAGAUGCUCAGAAACUCUUGGAGGACACAAUAAAAGCAGAAAAACUGAAGAAAGAACAAAUUCAGAAAGAAAUGGAGGAACUAAAAAACAAAAUGGCUGACAUGGAAAAAAAUAGGGCUGAUCUCCAGAGAGAAAAAAUGGAGGUAAAGAUGAAACAUGAUGAAAUUGAGGUAAGGAUGGAAAAAGUGAAAUUUGAUAUACAAAUACUAGAGGAAAAGGAAACUAACAUAAAAAGGCAAAAAGAAGAACUUGAUAAAACAAUGGUGCAGACAAAGAAGGAAAAACAGCACAUAGAGAAAGAAAAAAAUGACUUAUCCGGACAAAGGGAGGAAACAGAAGCUAAAUUAAAACUCUUGAAAAAAGAAAUGGAAAAAGUUAAAAGCAUUGAAAAUGACAUUCAAAAACAGAGAGAAGAUGUAGAUGACAAAAUACAAAAGAUGAAAAGGGAGAUGAGAGAAAUGGAACUCACUAAAGCUGAGCUGGAGGCCGAGAGAAGGCAACUGGAGCACACCAUCAGAAGAAACACCAGAAAACUUAAUGAGAUGGAAAAAUCAAAGACAAAAAUACAACAGGCUAAAGAAGAACUAGAUGCACUUAUGGAGAGGAUAACACUGGAAAGGAAAGAGCUAAAAGAGAUGAAAUCUAUUUUAGAAACCCAGUUUCAGAAUGAUAGAAAAGAGCUUAAAAGGAUUGAGAAGGAGCUUGACCAGAAAAUCAACUUUUUUGAAACUAUUGGCCUAAGACAAGUUGAAAUGCAGCAGCUUCAAAAUGGAGGUAGUCAAAAUGAAAAUGAAGCCCAAGUUGGUCUCGAAGACACAAUUAGAGAAGCCUCUAUUGAGACUGUGCAACUUGCC